GAAAGAGUUUUCUAUAAGUGAAAGUGAUUCUGAAGGUACUGAGUAACUUCCUUGUUUCAGCCACAAGCAAAAGGCGCACCAAGUGUGUCAUGACUUCUUUCAAACACGCGACUGGAGGAUCAAACUAGAAAACAGGACAACUGGGUGCCCUCUCAACACCUCCAUUUGUUGAAGAUCUGACGAUAAAGUUGGAAAAUCACAUGGAGUACCACUGAGCUUUUACCUGCUGAAGGUUGUUUGACAAGUCGCACCUUAAAAUGAGUCACGCUGAAGAUCGAGGAACUGGACUGGGCGAUGUCUUCGACAUUGUGCUGAGGGCCUCAUCAGAGCGCCUGUUCAGCGUGGUUCUCCAGCUGCGGGACUCUGCUGAAGACGUCAUCGUCCAGGCUCUGUGUCUCAUCGUCCUGCAGAGAGGGGAGCAGGCCCUGGAGAAGCUCCAGAUGCUGAGGGACAACCCUCUCGCGAAACAUCUGGCAGAAAGUGGGCGCGCGAGCGGAGGUGAAUUGGGCGACUUCGGGGCUCGCUGUGGACGAUUCGGAGAGCGGAGCGCCGAGUGUUUGUCGUCGCUGGCUCGGAUAUUUAAAGUUUUGUCGGAGCAGAGGCUGUGCGAGGUAUCGCUAAGAAAUCUGGCUUAUAGGAGAGCUCUGUCCAGUGACUGCUUCAAGACGAGCAGCUGCGGCUCGCUGGAAUAUCACCAGUUCGUAGAGGAAGCUAAAGCUGUGUGCGGGCCUCAGUGUGCGGCGACCUCCGCUGACCUCAAAUCCGAAUGUGCCUCUGAGCCAAACGUGACCUUAAAAGAGAUCCAGGAUGAGUCAUGGAGCGUUCGUAGCCCUCUGCAGGAGAGUCCCUCAGAGGCCUCGUACCCGUCUCAUCUCGAGAUAAGUAUUCCUCCGACUGUUUCGUUUCAAGGAGGCGAAAGAGCUCCCGAAGCAUCAGGAAGCUCCGCGCCGCGCCCGUCCGUUCUUUUAAGUGGACACGAAGCAGAAAGUGAACAGUCUCCGUCACCUGAGCCUGAAUACAAAUCCAGCGACUCUUCUCUGUUCAGAGCAGACAAAGACUCCAAAACGGAUGAAACGUUAAAAUUGCUGCGUAGCAAUGAGAGUCCAAACCAACCAAGCACCGAGACCUCUACCCUGCCGUCGCCUCAAAACAUUUCUCUCCCCAAGAUCCCUGUUCUAAAGAACCCUCAUGGCCCAGACGAGGAGGAGGAGGAGAUCUUUUACACAUUUGUUAUCCUGCACGCUCCAGAAGAUGAAGAACUGGCCGAGCGCAUGAAGGAGAAACUCGAAGCGGUCGUGGGCGAAGGUGCAACUUUCUCCGAUGGGUUCGCCAUCCCUGGGAAGAGCAAGCUGAAAUGUGUGGAAGACGCCGUGGAGAACUCCGCCUUCACCUUCCUGCUGCUCACCACCAACUUCAACACCAAAAUGCUGGAGGUGGAGACCAACAUGGCCCUCAUCAACUCCAUACACAACGAGCACAAGUUCAACACGGUCAUCCCGUUGCUGCCAGAGGACAACUGUAUGCCCAGAAAGAGUAUCCCCACAGUCCUGCAGACGCUGAUGCCACUGGACUUGAAGAAGAGCUUCCAGAGAAAACUCCAAAAGGCGCUUUCCCCUGCCAAGAUCCAAACGCAGAGAAGGAUCUGGGCCAACGAGCAGGCAGUUAAAAGACUCAACCGUUUAAGGCAGGAAGCUGCCAAUCUGAGCCUUUACCCGGAGAAACACCUUCUCAGCUCCAGGAUGGUGCUGGAUCAUGGGGGGGCCAACAGCCUGCAGUGGUCCCCGCCGCCCAACAUUCAUAUUGAAAAUGCAAAGUACAUCAUGAUCGGUAAUGACUCGACGAUGACUGUGGAUUUGGGUGCAAAUGCAAAUAAAGAUGGAUCAAUUUAGACGGAGGGGCAACAAUUAAAAUGUGCAUUUUGUGAUAUCCUGAAUCAGGUUUUUAAAAAAUAUCCAGUUUUCUGAACACUAAAAUGACAACUUUGGGGUGUUCUGUGCAAAUGUUUCUGUUGGACUUAAACUUGGAGGGGGGAAUUCAAUAAAAUAAAUAAAAACAAGUAUGCACAAAACAAAAUAAAAAAGUAAUUAAUGAGCAGGUUAGAGCUCCUGCACUUUAUA